GUUACCUGUAAAUAUUCUCUAUUGGUCUUUUACUAUAAAGCUUCUCCUACCUUUUAAUCUAUUCACCAGAGAUUUUAUGUAGAAGGUAGUUCAUUUUAUUUUUCAAUUUAAAAGUGUUUUCAGAAUUUGAAACAAGGAAUUUUGUGUAGUGAAUUUGUAAUCACUGUUCUUUUAUUUCGCUUCGUGUAUAUUCAUAUUCGUAUAAUUGUGUUGUGGAUAUAGUAAAAUUUGCUGAUUAUGAAGUUCUAUGGAAUCUUCGGUGUAUUAUAUCACGUGACAUUGGUAACGACAAUGUUUAAUGAAUGUAAUAAUAAUAAAAAUCCACGCUGUUUGUGUAUACACUCCCAUGACGAGUACGAAUAUCAAUGCCAGAACGUUUUGAUACACGGAGUUCCGUACAAAUAUUUUCAUCUCGAUUGCGAAAAUGACAAAAACUUGGAACUUCCAAAUUAUAAAUCCGGAAAUACCACAACAUUGGUUAGAAUUAGAUUGUGUCCAUUACCGGAUCGUUUAUCAAUUUUAUUAAAGAAAUUCGAUAUAAGAAGUAUUAAAAAACUGAUUUUGUUCAAUACGCCGAUUCGAGGAAAUACUUCUUUUGAUAAAAAUACGUUUGAUGGUUAUUCAGAAAUAGAAGAGCUAACUUUAGAUUCUAUAGAAAAUCAAAUAGAUAACGAUGUAUUGGACAAUUUUCAUAAAUUAACUCAAUUCAAUUUAGGAAAUAGUGAAAUUUCAAAACUUACAAAUUUCAAUUUUCCUGCAAAUCUAAAAAUUUUACAUAUAACUGAGAGUCGUAUCACUAAAAUACCUAAAUUAACGGUAUCCAAAGAGCUAAAAGAACUUCAUUUAUGGGGAAACGAUAUACAUAAGUUGGAAACAGAAGAUUUUAAGAAUUUAAAAUACUUAGAAUCGCUGGAUCUUAGUUCCAAUAGUAUAUCUUCCAUAGACGAAGAUAGUUUUGCAGAUUUGAAAAUGUUGCGCGAUGUAAAUUUCAAUUUUAAUAACCUGAGACAAUUGAACAAAACCAUAUUCAAUAAUAAUAAAAAAUUAGAUACAAUUCUACUAAGUUAUAAUCCCUAUUUAGAACUACACAAUGAACUAUUCGUCAACUUAUCACAGUUGAAAACUAUCAAUUUAAAAUACUGUCGAAUCAGUAAUCUACCGGAGCAAUUAUUUAAAGAUACCAAAAAUAUACGCGAGAUACUAUUAGGAAAUAACGAAAUAAAAAUAAUUCCACCCUUGUUUUUAGCGGGAUUGACUAAAUUGGAAAUUCUCGAUUUAAGUGAAAAUUCAAUUAGUGCACUUCCCGAUCAAAUAUUUAUUGAUCUCGUUGAAUUGCAAACGUUGAAAUUGAAUGACAAUAAUUUGAGUACAAUUACUGAAAGUUUGUUUGGCAACACUGCCAACUUAGUUACUUUAUCCCUUAAGAAUAACAGAAUUAAAAGUAUCCACAUCGAGGCUUUUGAAAAUCUACAGAAUUUAAAAUCGAUAGACCUUUCCAAUAACUUAUAUAGGCAUGAAUAUUAUUACGAGGCGAGUCCGUUUGUAGGUUGCGAAGCUUUGGAGAAUAUCGUUUUGAAAAACAACCAGAUUGAAACUUUCCCUUCCCUCUUUAUUACCAUGCAGAGUGUGAAACAAAUUGAUUUAAGCUCCAAUAAAAUAGAAAGCAUUCAGCUUGCCGAAAUAGCAAGUACAGUAUUCUCAGACAUCGAAAUAAUUGAUUUGAAAAAUAAUAAAAUAGAAGAAGUUGAUUUUAUCGGCGUUGAAACAAUUUUAAAAGAAAGUUUAGAAGAACGUUUCGAUCUUAUAACAGAAAGAAUGAAUAAAGUCAUUCUGGAUUUAAGAGAAAAUUCUCUACCAUGUGAUUGUCAAAAUUUCGAUCUAAUAAAAUAUUUCCAUAAUCAAUUAGAUCCACUUAUUGAAAACAGUAUUGAAAUAUUAGUGGGAGACUCACUUUGUCGAAAUAAUAGUAAAAGAAUCGUUGACGUUUAUCCACAAGACGUAAACUGUAUGAUCAUCGGUAUUAAUUGUCCUUUAGAAUGCGACUGUUUUUGGAGACCGUACACUAAAUUUGUAGAAGUAGAUUGUGCUAUGAGGAAUCUUACAUACUUUCCCAAAAUAAACAUCAAUACGACAAAAUUGGAAGUAAAAUUGAAUGGAAAUAAAAUCGUCGAUAGCCCAAGUCCAGAAUUAGGAUAUGACAAUGUACAAAACUUGAUUCUAUCGAAUAAUAAUUUGGAAAAUAUUAAAUGGAUUCCAAGAGGUAUAGAGAUUCUCAAACUAAAUGGUAACAACUUGUAUAACCUUGACGUUGGAAUAUUUAAUGAAACAACAAAGUUAAUAUCGAUGAAUUUGGCUGAUAAUCCUUGGGAAUGCGAAUGUUCGGCAACAGAUUUACAAAAUUUUUUGAAAUCCCACUACAAAUUGGUGAAUUCCAAUGAAGUUUUAUGUUUUAACGACGGAACACCUCUAGUAGAAAAAAGCGACCUUUGUCGCUACUCUUUUGCAUUUAAAUUAAGCGUCCUGCUAACCGUUGUAUUCCUAGUAUUUUUAGUGAUUUCGCUGGGGUGUUACAUAUCUUACAGAAUGGAAAUUAAAAUUUGGUUAUAUUCCAGAAAUUGUUGUUUAUGGUUUGUAGCAGAAGAUGAAUUAGAUGAAGAUAAGAAAUAUGAUAUUUUCGUUAGUUUUGCCCGACAGGACGAAAGACUCGUUACCGAUUAUCUUCUACCCGCUUUAGAAUCCGGUCCUGAACCCUUCUCAACUUGUGUUCAUUUCAGAGAUUGGAUUCCCGGAUCGACGAUAAUGUCCAAUAUCCGUUAUUCGAUUUUAAAUUCUAAAAGAACUUUAGUUGUUCUUUCUAAUAAUUUCCUAGAUAGCGUUUGGAGUAAAAAGGAAUUUUAUUUAGCACAUACGCAUGCCAUUAACGAAGGCAGAGCUAGAUUAAUAGUCAUUAAAUACGGCGAUAUCGAUGAGAGUAAAUUAGAUGGCGAUCUCAAAGCUUAUCUUGACACCAACACUUACUUGGAAUGGGGAAAACCAUGGUUUUGGAACAAACUCGUAUACGCUUUACCCCAUUCGCGUAAAAAAAAAUUGUUUCCACCUACUGUGUGACAAAUAAAAACAAUUUUUCAAUGUAAUUCGUUAUUCGUUUCAUAAAUAUGUGAAUACUUUUCUGUGAUAAUGAAUCCUACUGUAUAAAAUAGAUUUUAAUGAUUAAUUCACCCCAUUCUUAUAAUUUUCUUCACUGAAAUGCCAUUUUACAGUCAUGUCAAAACUUGUUUUCAAAUUUAUAUAAAAACAACUACCCUACAUAGGUUUUGAAUCUAGAAAUUGAAUCUUUUACCAAUACAAAUUGUGAUGAAAUGUAUUUUUCAUUUAGAAAUCUUGGAAUGCUUUGAAAUUUAGUUUAGGUUAGUUAUUUUGGAUUUUAAAACUCACGGAAUACAAAGUAUUACGAAAAAAAUUAUUAUUAAUGUGUUGGAACGAUUUAAAUCUUGUUUUUUUCUAAAAUAUAAUAAAGAAAUAUGGAAUUCAUUCUUCUUUAAAUUAUCUACAAUUGAAAUACCUUGUAUUCUAAAUAAUUUUACUGAUACUGUUUUUAAAUAUUCUCAUUUUGAUGAAAUUACAAUAAAUUUUUAGUAAAUAAUGAAA